UGGAAUCUGCCAUUCAUAUGUGUGAUCACAAUUAUUUUGAUUGAGGAUCAUCAUUUAUAUCCAUUGAUCUUAAAAUAUGCAGGUUUAAACUUAAACCAAUUAAUUUAUCUAAUUGGUUCCAGAGGGCUCAGUAAAUCAUUAUAGAAAUUUUAAUAGGCAGUUGCAUAACCAGUAAUUCUACUGGAUACAUCUAUAGAAAACAUUGCUAAUGGAAAGGUUCUGCGGUUUAGUAAGGGAAAUGCCGUUGUUUGUAUGAUAUCAUUUUUUAUAUGCCAAGCUGUAGAUUAGUGUUAUAGGUAAAAUAUUAAAAUAUAUAAACCGCAGUCGUAUGAGCGGGAAAGUCAAUCGGGCAGCUCCUUCUCCUAUGUGUAACAGUGCCAGGCUUUGACUGGUGUAGUGCAGGAAUUUUCAUGUGUAUAUGUUAGAGAGGAGAAGGGUUGGGCUGUUAAUCACAGGGGUGAGUCACAACAUUAGAUCUUUGUGUCUGUAAUGAGUCAGGAUACUCAGGUCUCAUAAAACACACCUGAGGGGGGACUCUCCUAGACACACUCCACUGAGCGAGCCAGAGACACAACAUAAUAACACAUAAACCUCAGAACAGUGGUAAUUCUGCUUCUUCAUUAUGAGGGCCUUGUGGGGAUACCUGACCGGGCCUCUGACCUUCAUGCUGGUCCUGACAGUGCUGACGGAGACAUCGGGCAUGGAAGUCUGCAAUUGUAAUGGCCGCUCCCAGCAGUGCGUGUUUGACCCAGAUUUGCUGGCACAGACGGGCUCUGGAUUCCGAUGUAUUAACUGUAAUGGAGGAACUGAUGGUCCCCACUGUGAACGUUGCAUGGCGGGGUACUACCCACAACCAGGCGGCACGUGUAGGCCAUGCCUUUGCCACACUGUAGGCUCACUGAACCAGCAAUGUGAUGACAAUGGGCAGUGCCGCUGUAAACCAGGAGUGAUGGGUAUCAAAUGCGACCAGUGCCAGCCUGGAUUCCACUCUCUCAGCGACACAGGAUGCAGGAGAGAUGGCUGUCAGUGUGAGCCUGCAGGUAGCAGUGGAUCAUGUGAUGCUGGAGGGAGAUGUGUGUGCAAACCCAACGUGAUUGGCGAGAGAUGUGACAGGUGUAAAGCAGGAUAUUUCCAUCUAGAUGCCUCCCGGCCAGAAGGUUGCUUACAGUGUUUCUGCCACGGCCACUCUACUACUUGCAGCAGUUCCACCCACCACAGUGUGCAUAAGAUUAUAUCUUCCUUCCAGAAAGACACAGAGGGCUGGAGCUCAGUUCUAAGAGAUGGAUCCAUAGCACCUGUCCCCUUGCGCAUGUCCCGUCACCAGAAGGAAGUCUACAUAGCAUCCAGACAACAAGAGCCUCUGUAUUUUAAUGCUCCAGCACAGUUCCAAGGAGAUCAGUCCCUGAGUUACGGACAAGCUCUCUCCAUCAGCUUUCGGGUGGAUCGGGGGCGACACCGCACAGGAGCUGAAGAUUUAGUAUUAGAGGGGAAUGGCCUGAGAGUUGCAACAACACUAACGUCUUCCAAAUACUCACUCCCCUGCAGAAUACCCCAAAUCUACACAUUUAGGCUGGAUGAACUCUCUGGAAGUCCUUGGACUCCACAACUCAGUCAUUUUGACUUUCGCCGUCUCUUGAGUAAUGUGACUUCAAUUCGCAUCCGUGCCACAUAUGGAGAAUACAGCACAGGAUACUUGCAAAAUGUCACUCUUGUAUCAGCACAGCCAGUACAAGGGGAACCUGCUCUAUGGGUAGAACAGUGUGUUUGCCCCUCUGGUUACCAAGGCCAGUUUUGUGAGAGAUGUGCCCAGGGAUACCGCAGAGAGUCUCCAGGUCUUGGUGCUUUCAGCUCAUGUGUUUCCUGCAACUGUCAGGGUGGAGGACUUUGUGAUCCAGAUACUGGUGACUGUUACUCUGGAGAUGAUAAUCAGAAUAAUGAUUGUGCAGAUUGUCCUCACAGUCAGUACAAUGAUCCUCGGGACCCCAUGAAGUGUUUGCCUUGUCCAUGCAGUGCUGGAGUUGGGUGUUCAUUGUCCCCAGAAACUCAGGAACCUGUAUGUGAUGAAUGUCCUGUUGGGCUAAAUGGCCCCCGCUGUGAGAUUUGUGCAGAGGGCUAUUUUGGAGACCCCCAGGGUGAACGUGGAGCUCCGAGACCCUGCAGGCCCUGCCAAUGCAAUAACAAUAUUGACCGGUCAGUGGAAGGCAGCUGUGAUAGAGUGACCGGCGAGUGUCUGAAAUGCAUUCACAAUACAGCUGGGUAUUACUGUGACCGAUGCAUGGAUGGAUUCUAUGGCAACCCCUUGGCAACAGCUCCAGAACUCAAAUGCAAAGCCUGUUAUUGCCACCCAGUGGGGACUGCACACCAAGGAUGUCAGAAAGAUGGUUCCUGCCAGUGUAAAGCCGGUUUUGAGGGAAGGAGUUGUGAUCAGCCCCAGUGCCCUGACUGUUACAGUCAAGUUAGCACCAAGCUGAACCUGUAUAAGAGGCAAAUACUUGAAUUCACUCGAGCAAAUAAUGGGCAGUCCCCAGUCAGGGGGGAGCUGGAGGAGAGAAUGAGGAAGGCCGAGGCAGCCUCACAAGGACUGCAGAGAGACUCAGGGGCUGCUCAGGGUGCAGCACUGUCAUUGCAGAGGCAAUUCUCUGGUCUUAAAGGAGCGCAGUCCAACACUCAGAAUGUGCUGGAUCAGACCAAGGAGAAGCUACAAGGACUACAGACCCAAAAGAGCCAGUACACGGGACAGCUACAGGACAUGGGGAGGAAGAUUAAUAUUGCAUUGCAGCAGUUACAAAGCAGCCAAGAAGAGCUGAACCGCAUGACAUUCUCGUCUACAAAUUUACCAUUGGACUCCUAUUCAAAGCUCAGUCAAGAGGCCCAGCAAAUAGCAAACAGCCUUGCACAGCAGGCCCAGACUGUGGUACAAGAUGCAGCAGAAGCACAAGGAGAUGCUGAGAGGGCGCUACAGAUACUACGAGCCGGUGGAGCUGACCCUGAGGCUGCAGACAAGCUGAAAGCAAGGAUGGAGGGGGCCCGCACACAGACCAGAGCACUAGAAACUGAGGCUAUUCAGUCAGCGGCAGCGGCAGAGAGAGCCCACCAGGACAGCAUGCAAACAGCUCGUGCCUUUGGGCAACUGCCCUCCAUACCUGUGGCAUUCCAGGCAGAGCUGGAGCGUUUAAAAGGGGAGUCCGCAGCACUCAAAACAACUGUGGAUGCAGAUCUGGCCCAAAGCAAAAAUCUUCAGAGGAAAUUUACUACCUGGGAACAAGAUGCCGAGCAGCAGCUCCAGCAAGGACAACAGAACAGAUUGUUGGCAGACCAAUUGCUGUCAAGGGCAAAUGCAGCAAAGACCAAGGCAAUGCAAGCAAUGAAGACUGGAAAUGCAACUUUCUAUGAGAUUGAUGGAAUCUUUGUGAGCCUAAAAGGGUUUGGUGACCAAGUUGGGGACCGUCGCAGUGAGGCUGAAGAUGCAAUGCGCCGCCUCCCAGCGAUCCGCCUCAAGGUUCAAGAUGCAACAGAUAGCACAAAAAGAACAGAGACGGCCCUGAAAGGAGCAGAGAGUGAUGCAGCCAGAGCGGAGGGCAAUGCCCAAGAGGCCAAUACGAUCGCCUCAGAAAUACAGCUGAACAUGCUGCAGAUGGGCCAGGAUGCUAACAAUUCAGCAGAGAUGGCUCUUGCAUUGGAGCGGGAUCUGGCUGAGAUUCGCCGGCUGGCAAAAAACACUGGUGCAUCUCUGGAUGGUAGAAAUCAGGACGCUGAGAAGGACAGUGCAGAUGCAGAUGACAUUGCAAAGAGAGCACUGGAAACAGAAGCCAGCGCCUUGGGAGUCAAUGAUGCUGUAACUGCAACUCUUAGUAUUUUAGAUCGGUUGCUUCAUCUAUUGGAUCAACCAAUAGAUAUAAAUGAAGGGGACCUAAAAGCUCUGGAAACCAGUAUGGGGGCUGCUCGUACUCAGCUAAAUGGACGUCUCAAGCCAGCUGUGCAAGACCUGGAGCAGGCCGCACAGCUAAAAAAGCAAGCCAUGAUGACAAUAGAAAAAGAGAUCAGCCAAACCUUGAUUGAUAUUCAGAACUUACGGGACAUUCGUGAUAACCUACCACCUGGCUGUUAUAGUACAACUGCUAUUGAGAAGCCUUGAUAGAUUCUUGCAUAAAAUAAUUAGUAUUCUCUGGAUUCGAUUGGUACUGGAUCUAUGUGCAAUAAACCAACACAGACAGAACUCUUGCAAGUUUCCAUACUGUGAGAUGUGUCCUUUGAAGAGGCAGACACAUGGAAUAUCCCUGAGGCAGGAAUUAAAGUGAACGAGGCCACAACUAAUUGAAGACGAUGGUACUUAUAUGAUUCCAGAGCAAAAAGGAGAGACUAUGCCAAUUAUUUCAUCUCUGUAUUGUAUUUCUAUUUAUUUAUUAAUAAAAUAUAACCCAAA